GAGAGUUUUCAUUUAGUGAGAACCUCCAUCAUGUCGAAGAAACGGACAAUUGACAGCUUCUUUGGUUCUUCUACCAAAAAACAAAAGACAAGCAACAUUGAAAAUGAGCAACUUCUUAAGUCGGAGCACUCUACGUAUCCGUUUCCAAUAAUCCACCUUCCACAUUCAAUCAGCAAAGAGCUUGCCUCUUAUCCAGCAGUUCCUGCUCGCGCAAUCAAUAACCAACCAGAGUUGGACUUGCUUUACUUUGAGCCGUACAUACCACCAUAUGUGGCAAAAGACUUGUUCGACUUUCUCCGCUCAAAUCUUCCCUUUUACAGAGUUGAAUAUACCACCGUCUUUGGCCUCGAUGACACAAGCCGCUUCGACGAAGCCGGCAACGUAGUCGACGCCAAGACCUCCAAGCCCGUCCCGCCCGGCGCAUAUGCACGCUACAAGCCGCGGCCCAUCCCAGAGUGCCUGGACGCCCUACGCCGGUCCACCGAGGCCGCGACGGGCUGCGUAUUCAACUUCUGCCUGGUCAACUACUACGCCUCAGGCGCCGACAGCAUCUCAUACCACAGCGACGACGAGCGGUUCCUCGGCCGGGACCCGGCCAUCGCUUCCUUCUCGCUCGGUGCCAAGAGGGACUUUAUGCUCAAGCACAAAGCGGCCCCGCCGGGGACGGGCGAGGUGGCAUCGGCCAUCUCGAAACCACCGUUGAAGCUGCCGCUGGCUGGGGGUGACAUGGUGUUGAUGCGAGGCCCCACGCAGGCCAACUGGCUGCAUUCCAUACCGAAGCGGUCGGGGAAGAAUGAGAAGGAUGGUGGUAGGAUAAAUAUCACUUUCAGGCGGGCUAUGGUCAAGGCAGGCACGGAUAAUUAUUAUAAUUAUAAUGUGGGAAAUGGAAGCGUAUAUGUUUGGGAUAAGGUUGGAAAGGAGAUGGUGCUGUGGAAGCUAUGA